AUGGCCAUCCCCAAGAGCCCUCUGAGCCCCAUGCCCUGGGAACAGGAUGGUUUCCUACGUGUGAAGGUGGAGGAUGAGGAGGCUAGCCUCUCUGAGGUCCAGGAAUCUAGCCCUGGCCACACUGUCCACCCUGAGGCUGCACGUCUUCGCUUCCGGCGCUUCUGCUAUGAGGAGGCAUCCAACCCACAUGAGGCCCUGGCCCAGCUCCGUGAACUGUGCCACCAGUGGCUGCAGCCUGAAGCACAUUCCAAGGAGCAGAUGCUAGAGUUGCUGGUGCUGGAGCAGUUCCUGGGUGCACUGCCACCCAAGAUCCAGUCAUGGGUGGGUGCCCAGUUCCCCAAGAGUGGUGAGGAGGCUGCCAUGCUGGUAGAAGGUCUGACUCGGUCACUGGACAAGAGAGGACAGGAACCAGGAGCUGAGCUCUCAGAGUCAAGCUGCAAGCAGAAUGAUUUGGAAGAGUCCGAGCCACUGGGUAGGGCCACUGAAACCCUCGCGGGAGGUGGUUCCCUGGGACCUGCCUUUGAUGAUGCUCGUGAACCUGAGGGCAGCUCAGAGAGGCAGGCAGGACUCUCAGGGGAAAUCUGGACAAAGUCUGUCCCCCAAGAGAUGGAUUGCAGGAAAACUUCAGAGCCUCACAAGGAUGUUCCCACAGACCAGACCAGCUGUGAACCUGGUGCCUUGGGGAAUAGUCCCAACAUGUGGCCAAAUUUCAUCUCACAAGAGAAGACACCAGAAGAGAAAUUUGAUCCAUUGGAUGGUUAUGGGAUGGAGUCGCCAUGUGUAUACUCAAGGAAGAAGUCUUCCAAGUGUGGUGAAUGUGGGAAAACAUUCCAGAGCCCCUCCGCCCUCAAAGCACACCAGAAGAGCCAUUUUCGGAAGACACCCUACACCUGUAGUGAGUGUGGGAAAGCCUUUAGCCGGAGCACUCACUUGGCCCAGCACCAAGUCAUCCACACGGGGGCAAAGCCCCAUGAGUGUAAAGAGUGCGGGAAGGCCUUCAGCCGGGUCACCCACCUAACUCAGCACCAGAGGAUCCACACUGGAGAAAAACCCUACAAGUGCAGGGAAUGUGGCAAAACCUUCAGCCGCAGCACCCAUCUCACCCAGCACCAGCGGGUGCACACAGGGGAGAGGCCCUAUGAGUGUGACGAGUGUGGGAAGGCCUUCAGCCAGAGCACCCACCUGACUCAGCACCAGCGCAUCCACACCGGGGAGAAGCCCUACAAGUGUGACGCUUGUGGAAGAGCCUUCAGUGACUGCUCAGCUCUGAUCCGCCACCUGAGAAUCCACUCUGGAGAGAAGCCGUAUCAGUGUAAGGUUUGUCCGAAGGCCUUUGCACAGAGCUCCUCCCUCAUUGAGCACCAGAGAAUCCACACAGGAGAGAAGCCGUACAAGUGCAGCGACUGUGGAAAGGCCUUUAGCCGCAGCUCAGCCCUUAUGGUUCACCUGAGGAUCCACAUCACAGUACUGCAGUAA